AUGAAACAGGCGCAUCUGUGGCUGGGCUUCGAAGUGAACUUCGAGCUGCAGAGCGCCGCCUUCGUGGUGUGGCUUCUGGAAUGGUUUCGGCCCUACCACUGGGAGACGGCCGGCACCGAUACGGACAAGGAGCCGUCCAUGAUGACCUUCUUCGUUUGCCCGAGCUCCGAUGUGUCCCACUUCGGGGACGCGGUGGAGACUUGGCGGAAGGUGCCUGCGAUCUUCGACUCCGCUCUGGGGGUGUCCAUGCGUUGCGCGGAGGAGGCCGGCGCUUCGCCGGCAGAGGCGGCCGCUGCAGCGGAGAGGUUCCUUUCUGCUGUGCUGCCGGACGGGAUUUGGGUCAUCCUGGCGUCUGAGCAUGAAGAGAGCUUUCAGCUGGCCAGGAGCUUGGCAGCUCGGGCGCCGGCAGGCCUGGGCCGUGCCUUGCGCACGGUGGCCCUGGACCUCUUCGACAGUGACCUGACGCACGCAGAGGGCCAGUGCCUGGAUGCUGGGCAGGCAUGUUUCAGCGACUUCGGGUUCAACGCAGAGGCGGCGGUGAUUCCCAACCAGGUCCUGGCAGUGCUCUUCAGGCGGUCCUCUUCCGAGGCGUCGAAGGGCUUUGGCCUGGUGCUGCGGUGCCGCCAGGAUGUGCCGGAGCUCCAGAAGGGAGAGGAGCCUCUGGAUGCUGUGGAGAUGCACCUGGCGCAAUUCUUCGAGGCGGCCAAACUGGGCUUCCCGCUCUGCAACGUCUUUGAGGCCAUUCGCCGCUCCGAGCUGCGGACAGCCUUGGACGUGGCGGCGAGCAUCGAUGAGACCACCAGCUACGAGGAGUUCUUGACCCUCCGCCGCGGCCUCCCAAGCCCCGAGCUCAGCGUCUUCGAGGACAAGAUCCAACUGCGAAAACUGCUGCAGCAGCUUGGCAUCCCGCACACGCCGACCAUCUACAUGUCCAACACCGACCCCAACAUCUUGCCGCACAUCGACGCCCAGCCCACCUUCGUGGUGAAGCCGAGCCACAUGACGGAGAGCGAGCACGUGGUGGUGGUGGAAGACGGGCGGUACAGCUUCGACGUCUUCUCCAACGGCGAGCUGCAGAAGUUGAAGGGCCAGGAGGUGGACAAGGCUGCCCUGCAGCGCCGGGUGGCGGAAGCCUGGAAUCUGUCCGCCUUCGCUUGGGAGUGCCAGGCGGUCUUGGCGGCGCGGCCUGGCGUGAUCGUGGAACAGCUCAUCACGGCGCAGCUGGACCCCAGCUCUACGAAGCGCCGGGUGGAGGAGGCCCGUGCGCACGUGGUCUGGGGACGCACCGUCGCGCUGGAGUGGGCGGUGAACAGGAUCGGCAGCCUCACCAUGCACGUGGAGCUGGACUACUUGGGCCGGCACUCCCUGGCCACGGACAACGUUUGGGCCACCCACCUGGGCGAGGCGGCCUUCGAUGAUCCGGACGCCUGGGCGCAGAUGGUGCAGGCGCACUUCUGCCUGAAGCGGGUCAUGGGCCUCGCGGAGCGCGCGGCGCUGAAGGCUCGGGUGGACCACCUGCGCGUGGACGUCCUGGUGCAGGACGCCUGCGAGAAGCUCUACGUGUCAGAGGUGGAGCUCUUCCCCGCGGUGCCCUUCUCCCCCAGCGCCAUGGCCUCCAUUGAGCGCAGGUGGAUCCGCGGAUAUUUGCUCUGA